GAGAAGCAGGAGCUCGGGCAGCGGUGGAGCUCUGCCACCUGUCUCUCUACACUACUGUCCCCUGGCGUCUACUCGGACCAAAGUAGCACGUCCGGGACCGGCUCUUCGCCCUGGAUACCUGUCGGUCCCUCUCAAGUUGUACUCGGUUCAGCUCGAGCCGCGGCCGCCGGUCGACGAGCGGACUGAAUGUGGAUUUAGCUGCAGCUUCGCCCCGCAGGCCGCGCCGCCAUUGCUGUUGUCUUUGCGAGCUGAAUUGGUAAAAAAAACGAGGGUCUUAACGGUUUCAACAUGAAGAAAAAAGGUCGAAAUCACCGCCCGUCUGUGCUGAAGAGGGAGUCGUCACCCAUCAAGCCGUCACCCAACCGGGAGACACUGACAUAUGCGCAAGCGCAGCGAAUUGUGGAGCUGGAGCUGGACGGCCGUGUGCAUCGGCUCAGCGUCUACGACAAGCUGGAUGUAAUCGCUGACGAUGAUCCAACAGCCCAGGAAAUCAUGGAGUGCAACAGCAACAAGGAGAACAACGAGAAGCCCCAGCAGGUCCUGGUGCGCUCUAUGCGCCUCAAAAACAACCAGCAGAAGAAGAACGCAGCACUCACAGCUUCACAUGGCACCAGCGGCACCCACACCAGUACCAGCGGCCUGUUGGAGGCAAAGGUUAGAACAGUUGAAUACAACCUGCCAGUGGUGCCGAAGAGGCCAGCAGCAUAUUACAAAUACACAGAAAGGACGGCGGAGGAGCUGGAUGAGGAGGUGGAGUACGACAUGGAUGAGGAAGACUAUGCCUGGUUGGAGCUCAUCAAUGAGAAAAGGAAGAGCGAGGGCAUCAGCCAGGUGUCCCACAACCUCUUUGAGUUCUUAAUGGACCGCUUCGAGAAGGAGUCGUACUCAUCCACGCAGGGUCAGAGUGACAUGCAGUCGCUGGUGGAUGAGGACGCCGUCUGCUGCAUCUGUAUGGAUGGAGACGGUGCUGACAGUAAUGUUAUCCUCUUUUGUGACUCCUGCAAUAUCGCUGUGCACCAGGAGUGCUACGGUGUGCCGUACGUCCCAGAGGGCCAGUGGCUUUGCCGCCACUGUCUGCAGUGUCCGUCGCGGCCCGCAGAUUGCGUCUUCUGCCCCAACCGAGGUGGAGCCCUGAAGAAGACUGAUGAUGGCCGCUGGGGUCACGUAGCGUGUGCUCUGUGGGUCCCUGAAGUCGGCUUCUCCGACACUGUUUUCAUUGAGCCAAUUGAUGGCGUCCGCAACAUUCCGCCAGCACGCUGGAAGUUGACCUGCUACUUGUGUAAGGAGAAGGGAGCAGGAGCGUGCAUCCAGUGUGACAAGAUCAACUGUUACACAGCCUUCCAUGUCAGCUGCGCCCAGAAGGCUGGCCUCUACAUGAGAAUGGAACCAGUCAAAGAGGUGACUGCGUCCGGUGCAAACACUUUCUCUGUGCAAAAGACCGCUUACUGCUGCAGCCACACACCCAAUGGCUGUGACCGCCGGCCCCAUAACAUCUACGAGGAGCAGCAUCCGAAAAAUGGAGCCUGCCAAAAGAGGGUUGAGAAAAGGGGCAAGGCCCGUGCCAAGGGUUGGCAUAAGAAGAAGAGUAAGAGAGCAGAGCCUGAACCAGAACCAGAACCUGAGACUCCCACCAACUCUGGUCCCAGUAUAACCGCCUCAAGUUUUGACACUAUCCUGAACCAGGUGGCGGUUCAGAGAAAGCGGCUGUUUGUCGAGAGUGUGCUGAGCUACUGGGUGCUGAAGAGACAGUCGAGGAACAACGUGCAGCUAAUCCGCCGGCUGCAGGCCAACCCUCAGCCACCCAAAGUCAAACAGAUGGACCGCAAGGAGACAAACCAGGCUCUGAAGGAGCAGUUGAAGGAGUGGCACCGCCUCCGCCAUGACCUCGAGCGAGCUCGUCUGCUGCUGGAGCUCAUCAGGAAGAGAGAAAAGCUGAAGAGGGAGGAGAUGAAGCUGCAGCAGUCAGUGCUAGAGGUCCAGCUGACCCCCUUCAACAUCCUGCUGAGAGCCGUGCUUAGUCAGCUACAGGAAAAGGACCAGUACAGCAUCUUUGCUCAGCCUGUCAACAUCAAGGAGGUUCCUGACUACAUGGACCACAUCAAAAUCCCCAUGGACUUUUCCACGAUGAGGAAACGCAUCGACGCUCAUGACUACAGGAGCCUGGAAGAGUUUGAGGCGGACUUCAACCUCCUCAUCGCCAACUGCAUGUCCUACAAUUCUAAGGACACCUUCUUCUACAAGGCAGCUCAGAGGAUGCAGGAUCACGGAGGAGCCAUCAUACGCAGGGCCCGUCGCGAAUCUGAGCGGAUUGGCUUUGACUUCCCAAGCGGCUUGCAUCUGUCCACGGCCCCAAAACUUGAGGCGCCAUCCCCCUUCUCCUGGGAGGAAGUGGACCGCUUGCUGAGCCCCGCUUACCGCCAGCUGACUCCUCUGGAGGAUCAGCUGAAGGAGCUGCUGGAGAAGUUGGACCUGAGCACAGCCAUGAAGCAUGGCCCAUCCCGCAGCAAGAGGCUCAAACUGUUAAAAAAGACCAUUAUGGAGGUCCGCUGUGAGAUGAGCUUGAAGAAGUCUCUCCGACCACCACCACCCGCUGCAUCAGAGCCCGGCUCAAUCUCUACAGAGUCUGUCGAGGAACCACUACCUGAACCCACAGCAAAGCCCUGCUCGGAACAAGAGAAGUAUUUACCUCUGCCAACGUUAUGCCCUUUGACAUUACAUUCAGAGCUUGACGCCUUGCCCAGCAACUUGGAGCUGUCCCCUCUCAAAUCAAGCACGGACCAGACUCCCAUGAAGCUCGACAGUGACACGUCUACCUCACUACCCUUAGACACCCCCACAAGGCACAUCCCAGACCAACCGCUCCACAACGGCAACCUCACCACCGAGGUCUCUGUUCCCUGCAACCGACGGACCAAUGUCCUCUUCCGCAAGUCCAAGAGUGCCAGCCCACAGAAACCAGCUAAGACCCAAGAGGCAUCUGCUGUAUCGCCUCCAUCUCUAGGCGCCAAAACCUUCCUGUCUGUGGUGAUACCUCGACUGGAGACGCUCCUCUUGCCGAAGAAAAGAACUCGCAGCAGCAGUGCUGAUGGAGAGGAAGACGACGAGUCACCAAUAAAACGCCUUGGCACAGGAAUUGCAAAUGGAUUUGUGGUAGAUGAGGAAGAAAUCUCGCCUUCUCCUCGGCUGGUUGAGCCUCGCCGUCGCUGUGCGUCGGAGUCGAGCAUCUCCUCCAGUGGAAGCGUUCUCUGCAGCACGAGCACCGUCAUUGUAUCUAAAGGUGGUAAAGGUCGGCUGGCAGCAGCUCGAAGGAGCACUGUGGAUGACAAAAACUCUCUGAGGACCUGUAUCAAAAACGGAGAGUUCACCAAAGCUGCCAAGAUCUCCUCAGAGGUGUGGAAGCCCACCGCUGCUUCUCCAUUUGUUCUGGAGCCUCUUAAACUAGUUUGGGCUAAAUGUAGUGGAUUUCCCUCCUACCCUGCCCUGAUCAUGGAGCCCAGAGUCCGGAGGACGGUGUCUCAGCACAACGGGGUGGUGCUUCCCCAGCCGCCGCUGGACGUUCUCAGAGCCGGAGAGCGGAUGCAGUUCAGGUCCGCAGAGAAACUCUUCCUCGUCCACUUCUUCGACAGCAAGCGCAGCUGGCAAUGGCUUCCUAGAUCCAAGAUGGUGCCCUUCGGGAUCAACGAGACACUCGAUAGAAUCAAGCUGACGGAAGCUCGCUCUGGCCACAUCCGAAAAGCUGUACGGUUUGCCUUCGACCGAGCUAUGAAGCACCUGAACCGUGGUAGCGUCGAGCCGGAGCCAAGCGCCGGCCUCGUCCUCACAGAUUGAAGCACCUCCCCAACCCUGCAAGAACAUCGCCCCCUGCAGAGAUACCCUGUUCCGGUCUCAUACGCACAACACCUACACCCACCCACACAUACACAUUCGCACACUCGCAACAUGUUUACCAUUCCCUACAACUGGAUUGUUUUCAUGUCUCCCCGCACAUCUGCCCCCUCCUUUCUGAAAUACUGUAGCUUGUGACGGCUGUCUUGUUUUGUCAAAGAGCUAUGCAAUGGGAACGACUCGUUUAGCAGACGCAAAAGGUUGGGGGAAACAAAAUCUAACUUUGGCUGUGAGGACUGAAAAAUCACAGGGUCUAAACCUGUUGAAUGUGUCUGAGUUUGACCUCUGACCUCCUUAAAUGUGCUGCAAGACUGCUGCAACCAUCUCACUGCCAUGAAAAUGUCCAUCAGUGUGUGUGCGUGUGAGAGAACGAGUGUUAGUGAGUGAGUGAUGGCAGCAGUUCCUGUAAAUAUCCUGUACAAGGUCUGACACUAAUUUAUUCAUCCCCUCAGUUGUUAUGGUACGCAGUCACACAUUUAUACAGUCAGAGGUGAUGAUCCACGUCGUCGCUGACACUGCCGGUGUCGGUGUUUCUGUUGGUGCUAUCUCUACAUAGAGAAAAACAAACAUGCAUACUGUACUGAACAUUUUUAUUUCAGACCCUUUUUUACAGUUUUUGUAACUUAUUGUGUUCUCAAGCUUCAAGUUCUCUUAUAUUUGGCAUUCAUUUUGUGUGUGCAUCUUUUUAUUUUUUUACCUGAAUGUUUUUAUUGGACUACUUAUUCUUUUUCCUUUUUUUUUGUUUGUACAUAUUUAUAUAAAAUCUAUAUAGGAGCUCUCACAGUUUAAAAUGCCUAAAGUGCAUCAUUCACACCGAAACCAAAAAAAAGAAUCUGCUACACUCAAGGUUCCCACUAAUGUGUGUGUGAGUGUGUGUGUUUCUCUCCCUCCCCCACAGUUUAGUUAUUUUUUUUUGCCUUUUUGUUUGUAUGCUGUGAUGAGUUCAAGUCUUCUGUAAUCAUCUUUUCCAUCUGAACUGACCUCCAGUCAGCUAGGAGAGAAGAGAAUGUGCCUGUACUAAUUUAUUGUAAAACAGAAAAUGUAUAUGCAUUACUUUAUAGAGAGAGUAUUGUAAUAAAAUACUAUGGGCACACUAGGAGCCACGUGUAGAGGCUCCCUGUUCUUCCUCUGUUGUUUUUUAUUUUUAUUUUAACUUUUGGAUUAAUAGCAUUAAAUCUGAGCGGUGAGGUGAUAGUGUUUGAUGUUUUGUUUUGGCAGGGUAGUGACAGGGACACUUCCUCUGGAUGUGGAUGUUGUGUGUGUAUAGAUUUGGUACUUUAGCUGAUUCUCUGGGAAAAACCACAGUUAUAGCCAAUGGGAGUGGAAACCAGCCGACAGCAGGCCGGUGGGAUUUUUAUACUAAAACACUGAAAAAUUAAAAUAUGUUAUUGAAUCACUGAC